AGGUAUGGUACCUCUGAACUGAUGUUAUCAAAAGAGAUUUGAAAAUUACCGUUGAAAUGAAAAAAAUACGCGCUGUUAAAUUGAAAACUACGUUUAUUAGUCGCAGUGGUAAGCGUUGCGUAUAUGUACCCGUAAACUCCGUUAACUCCGCAAAGAAAUCAACAGAAAAGCGCUUUGAACAAACAAGUCAAGCAUCGUCCAUUACUCGGGAAGUGUCGAUCGACGAACCGUCCGCGUGCAACUUAACUCUUCACCAGAAACGACAGGUUUUUACCUAUAACAACUGGAAGAGGGUUAGAGAUUCAAUCUUCAAUGCAUUCAUUGAUGAAUCGCAUCUUCCUAGGGAUGCAACUUGUAUUGAAUGCAAUAAGGAGGCAGCUACAAUACGAUGUCAAGAUUGUGGCACAAGACAGUUCUUUUGUGAACAAUGUGCAGAAAAUCUGCACUCAAAACGAAACCAUUUCCACAUUCUGGAAGUUUGGCAGGAUGAAAUGUUUUCACCUUUGUACGCUGAUCAUGGCGUCGUCGGCUACGGGCAUAAUUGCUCAACAAAAGUUCUUCAAAACUUCACACUAGUAGAUAGUUCUGGAAGACAACAUGUCAAACGUGUGGAGGUAUGCGAAUGUGAACCAAUUGCCGUUUCUCUAGUUAGAUGUAAUUUCUGGCCCGGUUCACCAGUCAAACCAACUACUGCAUUCCACAUCUCAUUGAUGAAUUUGCUGGAAAAGUUAUUUUUACAAUGCCAAGUGUCCUUAUAUGACUUUGGUGAAGUUCUCAACCUUCUACAGCCUCAACUUGGAAAAACAGUGAGUACAUCCUUGUAUGGAACUCUUAAUUCAGGCAGUUUUGAAGAAUUCAGGCAGUUCAAGUACCAUAUGCAGUACUUACAUAACUUUUGUCCUGGGUUGAAUAAUGGUACUCAAUGUGAAUUAUGUCCAAAGGAUAAAGGCGUAAUGAUUGAAAGUCUGGAUGCCUGUAUGGGGCUUGCUAGAAAAAAGAAGAAGGGUGGAGGACUAGUGGAACCUCGUCAUGAAGAGCUAAUGUUCAGUGAUCAAACAGAUGUCGACAAUUUUGUGGAUAAUUAUGGAAAAGAAGGGAUUAAAAUCGAAGAAAACUGCAAUCGAUUUCAUGCUGGUGAAGUCCUGUCAUCUCUUAGGUCUAAAGGAAAAAACCAACUGUUUGAUGAGAAGGGUGUAUUCGGUAGAGUAUGCCGGCAUGACUUCCCAAAGGGUUUUGUGAAUCUCAAGUAUGGAGAGAGGAUUUCAUAUUCAAUAUAUGAAAUAAACAAAUUAAAGGAGAGUUUGAAAGAUAAACCUGGAGUUAAACUUAUCAUCAUGUAUGAUAUUGCUUGUAUUUUAUCAUCUCAUUUAAAGUGCUCCAACCAAGAAGAUCUGAUUAAUAACAUAGACUUGGCUAUCCCUAUAUUCCACUGUUAUGGGCAUAAAGCAUCUUGUCAGAUUGAAUAUAACCCAAGAAGAGUUACAGGAAUUGGACUAACUGAUGGCGAAGGAGUGGAAAGACUGUGGUCUUACCUAAGAGGAUAUUCAUCCAUGACAAAAGAGAUGUCGUCGGAGAAAAGGAUUGAUGUUCUUACUGAUGCACUGAUCUAUUAUUAAAGACUUAACAGGAGAUGCGGUACUGUGGUCAAGCCUUGUUGCUGUUUUGUUAUUGUAUUGAAUGAUAGCUCUAUAACUAUACAGGAAUAGUUCUAAAGUGUGAUUAAUCAGAUUCAACAAAAAGAUUAAUGAUAAAGUUGGGCAGGAACACUUCACUAUAAGAGACAUGUUCCUUGCUUAAACUUACUAUAGCCUUCAUAGCAGCACUUGGGAGAAGGAAUGGGUAUUCAUCUCCUAACCUCCGAGAGAGGGUACAGUAUACAGAGCAACAUGUUUAAUGCAGUUUUAAUAUUUUGUUAUAAUAUACAGUCUAACAAAGGAAGGUUACUAUGUGUAAUGUUUCAAUUUGAAUUAUAGGAAGGUCUCUCAAGGAUAAAUUAUUAAAAGCUCAAGAUCUGGCAGCUACUGUAGAAAAGGAUAUCAAAAGUAUUGAAGCCUCUAUUUCAUAUUCAUGUACUGUGGAUAUUAUCAAGAAAUGGAAAACAGAUGAAUUAACAAAUAUCAAGCCAAGAGAAAAUGUGCUGGGGCUACUUUGGGACGAAAAAUAUGUUGAAAUCCUACUAGAAUUGGAAAUGCUGAGUUCUGACUUGAGUUGUAUGGAAAUGAACCAGGAAGCAAUGCAGUUUGUUCAAAAUAAGAAAAAGAGG